AUGGUGUGCACUGAUAAGGAGCGUCUGGCAUGCGUGACUUAUCAAUUGACUGGGCCUGCUGAUCAUUGGUGGGAAACUAGACGAAGGACAAUAGACCCCGUCCGCCGAGAGGCGUUGACAUGGGACGAGUUCAAGGAGGAGGUAUAUAAUAAGUACGUCCACACCUUGAAACAGGGAAACAUGACGGUGACAGAGUAUGACCGUGCACUUUGUGAGAUGACCCGAUAUGCACCCGAGUUGGUGGACACGGAUGAGAUGAUGGCCGCGAAGUUUCGCUUUGGCCUUAGAACCGAGAUAAGAGUACCUGUGGCCAGCUGCCAAGGAAUUUCUUAUUCCGAGAUUUUGAGUUGGGCCUUAGAUGUGGAAGAGACACUGCCUAAGAAUGAAAGGGUGGCAAAUCCUACACCACCCGCACCACAAUCGAACUAUCGGGACAAAAGGAAGUGGGAAGGCAACCGAGCUCCUUUUGACAGCAAGCGACACCAUUCCACUUUCCGCCAGCCACAGAACUAUGGCCGAUAG